AGCAGGUAUUUGCAGCAGGCUGGCUCUUUGUUACCCUUUCCUCUCUUCACUAUGUAGGUGCUUUGAAGUUCGAAGACAAAUCUGAUGCAGUUUUUGACCUUACAGAGAAAUGUGGUGAUAUCUUGGAUGCAGAGAUGUCUGAGGACACAGAUCACAACCUAGCACCUGCCCUUGAUGGCAUAUCCUAUGGAAUGCAGAAUCGAGCAGGAUCGGCAAACUCACUGCUGGAUGAGGAUGAUUAUUUUCUGAACUCUGGGGAUCUUGCCGGGAUUCCAGUUGUUGGGAGUGACAAUGAGGACGAUCCAAAUUUCUCUCCAAAGGACGGUCUCCCUUCUGUGAUUCACGCUGAAGAUAGCUUGGGAGAGGGGAAAAGAGUUACAGAACAUGAGUUGGACAGUGAAAAAGAACUUCAAAUACAAAAUGCAAUCCAAAAGGACCUUGCUUCACCAUUUGACCAAGGCCCUAUUUUUAAGUCAAUUCGGAAAGAUUUUAGCAUAACAAGAGAUAAUGGCAAGGAGACUUUUUCAACAAAGGAGAAAAACAGAGAAGGACCUUUUCAAGAACGGGAAAAACGUUUGGAAAAAAUCCCUAAGGAGAUGGAUUCCAGAUUGAAAAGCAGUUUCCAUGAUAAAACAGUUACUAAUCAAGUAGAAGAAACAAUUCGGACACAGUUAGCACCACAAGCUCCAGAAUCGAAUUUCAGGGAGUCUAGCUACCUAUUUUCUAGUAAGGAACCCAUUGGACAAGAACUGGGGAAUUCCUUUACACCAAGCAUUAGAAUUAAAGAAGAGCCUUUGGAUGAUGAAUAUGAUAAAGCUAUAGCAGCACCGCAGGGACUAUUAGACAAAAUUAAAGAUGAACCAGAUAACUCUGAGGAAUAUGGCCAGCAGCCAAAAACUCAGGAAGGGGAGCUGAAAAUCAGCGCUGUAUUUUCAGUCAGUGGCAGCCCUCUUGCUCCACAGCUGACAUCAGGUUUCCAGCCUGCUGUGGCAUCCUCUGGUGUAAAUAAAAUGCUUCCUUCAGUUCCAACCACGGCCAUUCGGGUUUCCUGUUCUGGCUGUAAAAAAAUCCUCCAGAAGGGGCAAACGGCAUACCAGAGGAAAGGCUCGACUCAGCUCUUCUGCUCCACACUGUGCCUCACUGGAUAUACUGUUCCAGCUUCUCGUCCACCAGCUUCUACCAAGAAAACCUGCUCAAGUUGCUCGAAAGACAUUUUAAAUCCAAAGGAUGUAAUCACUGCCCAGUUCGACAAUACAAACUCCAGUAAGGAUUUCUGCAGCCAGUCGUGUCUCUCUACAUAUGAACUGAAAAGAAAACCUGUUGUUACUAUUCACACUAACAGCAUUUCAACCAAGUGCAGCAUGUGCCAGAAGAAUGCAGUGAUUAGACAUGAAGUGAAUUACCAGAAUGUUGUACACAAGCUCUGCAGCGACGCCUGCUUCUCGAAGUUCCGUUCUGCUAAUAAUUUGACUAUGAACUGCUGCGAGAACUGUGGGGGCUACUGUUAUAGUGGCUCUGGCCAGUGCCACAUGCUUCAAAUAGAAGGCCAGUCAAAAAAGUUCUGUAGUUCAACAUGUGUCACGGCAUACAAACAGAAGUCAGCAAAAAUUACUCCCUGUGCACUGUGCAAGUCCUUGAGAUCUUCAGCUGAGAUGAUAGAGAGCACAAAUAACUUAGGAAAAACUGAACUGUUUUGUUCAGUUAACUGCUUAUCAGCAUACAGAGUUAAAAUGGUUACUUCUGCAGGUGUCCAAGUUCAGUGUAACAGCUGCAAAACUUCAGCAAUCCCUCAGUAUCACUUGGCUAUGUCAGAUGGGAGCAUACGCAAUUUUUGCAGUUACAGCUGUGUAGUAGCUUUUCAGAAUUUGUUCAACAAGCCUGCAGGAAUGAAUUCCUCUGUGGUGCCCUUGUCUCAGGGUCAAAUCAUUGUAAGCAUUCCCUCGGGGGCAACGGUAUCGGCAGGUGGCACUACCUCGACUGUCUCCCCCAGCUCCAUGAGCAGCUCAGCUGCAGCUGGUCUACAGAGGCUCGCUGCUCAGUCCCAGCAAGUUACUUUUGCCCGCACUGUUGUGAAACUCAAGUGUCAGCACUGUAACCGACUGUUUGCAACCAAACCUGAAUUGCUUGACUACAAGGGUAAAAUGUUUCAGUUUUGUGGGAAGACCUGCUGCGAUGAGUAUAAGAAGAGAACCAGUGUAAUGGCAAUGUGUGAAUACUGCAAAAUUGAGAAAAUUGUCAAAGAGACGGUGCGAUUCUCAGGCAUAGACAAGGCAUUCUGUAGUGAAGGUUGUAAACUGCUUUAUAAACAUGACUUGGCUAAACGCUGGGGAAACCACUGUAAAAUGUGCAGUUACUGUUUACAGGCUUCCCCCAAACUGGUCCAGAAUCACUUUGGUGGGAAAAUGGAGGAGUUUUGCUCAGAAGAAUGCAUGUCUAAAUUUACGGUUUUGUUUUAUCAGAUGGCCAAGUGCGAUGGUUGUAAGAGGCAAGGUAAACUCAGUGAGUCCAUGAAAUGGCAAGGGGAGAUCAAACAUUUUUGCAAUCUGCUUUGUAUUCUGAUGUUCUGUAAUCAGCAAACUGUGUCUGAACCCCCUCCCCAGAACAACACAGGUAAAAUAGGAUCAAACCUUUCCACGGCACCAACAGCUGCAGCAGCUCCUCCUUCAGUAAGGAAGGAUUCGACUCCUGUUAUAGCAAACGUGGUGUCCCUUGCAAGUACCCCUGCUGCUCAGCCCACGGUUAACUCUAACAAUGUAUUACAAGGUGCAGUCCCUACUGUAACAGCAAAGAUCAUUGGAGAUGCUAGUACACAGACAGAUGCCCUGAAACUGCCACCAUCACAACCUCCCAGGCUUUUAAAAAACAAAGCAUUGUUGUGUAAGCCUAUCACACAAACCAAGGCCACCUCUUGCAAACCUCACACACAAAACAAGGAAUGCCAGACAGAGGAAGAGGAAGUUCAACCCAAAAUCGUUGUGGUGCCUGUUCCUGUACCUGUGUUUGUGCCGGUUCCCGUUCAUCUCUUCACCCAGUAUACACCUUUUCCACUUGGGGUGCCGGUACCUGUACCUGUUCCCAUGCUUAUCCCAACUACUCUUGAUAAUGCUGACAAGAUCAUUGAGACCAUUCAGGACAUCAAGGAGAAGAUUCCCACCAAUCCAUUUGAGGCUGAUCUCCUUCAGAUGGCAGAAAUGAUUGCAGAAGAUGAAGAAAAGGAAAAAUCUCACUCUCAUGGAGGAUCUCAAACAUCUGAGCAUGAGCUGUUCCUGGACCCCAAGUUAUUUGAGAAAGACCAAGGCAGCACUUACAGUGGGGAUCUAGAAUCAGAAGCAGUCUCAACUCCACACAGCUGGGAGGAUGAGUUGAAUCACUAUGCCUUACGAUCGAAUGCCAUGCAGGAUCCAGACCCUGAGCUUAGGCAAUUCUCCAAAGGGGAUAUGGAACAGGACCUGGAGGCAGACUUCCCAUCAGACUCAUUUGACCCUCUCAGUAAAGGACUGGGUCUCCACUCACGUUCGCGAGCAAGACGAAGGCAUAGAGAUGGCUUUCCACAGCCAAAAAGACGGGGAAGGAAGAAGUCUAUAGUUUCUGUGGAGCCCCGAAAUCUUAUGCAGGGUUCGUAUCCAGGCUGCUCUGUUUCUGGGAUGACCCUGAAGUACAUGUAUGGGGUAAAUGCCUGGAAGAAUUGGGUCCAGUGGAAAAAUUCACAGGAGGAACAAGGGGACCUAAAAUUUGCAGGAGUCGAACAUGCUGCACCCAACUUAUGUCCAAGGCUACUAGGAAAUACUCAAGAUCUUUCUUUCACUCAAGAUUCCCCUGAGUCCAUCUAUAGAGUUCGGCCCAUAAAACUCAAAGAGGAUAUUCUCUCAUGCACAUUUGCUGAGCUGAGUUUUGGCUUGUGCCAGUUUAUUCAGGAGGUGCGGAGACCAAAUGGCGAAAAAUAUGAUCCCGACAGCAUCUUGUAUUUGUGCCUUGGAAUUCAGCAGUACCUGUUUGAGAAUGGUAGAAUAGAUAACAUUUUUACCGAGCCCUAUUCCAGGUUUAUGAUUGAACUUACAAAGCUUUUGAAAAUCUGGGAACCUACAAUACUUCCAAAUGGUUACAUGUUCUCAAGAAUUGAAGAGGAACAUUUAUGGGAAUGUAAACAGCUGGGUGCAUAUUCCCCUAUAGUCUUAUUGAAUACACUUCUUUUCUUCAACACCAAAUACUUCCAACUAAAGAAUGUCAAUGAGCACCUAAAGUUGUCUUUUGCUCAUGUUAUGAGACGUACCCGGACUCUGAAAUACAACACCAAGAUGACAUAUUUACGAUUUUUCCCACCUUUUCAAAAACAAGAGAUAGAAUCAGAUAAAUUAUCUGUAGGCAAAAGGAAACGCAGUGAGGAUGAGGAGGUUCCAACACCAGUGGAAAUGGCUGAAAAUACAGAUAAUCCCCUGAGAUGUCCAGUCCGACUUUAUGAGUUUUACUUGUCAAAAUGUUCUGAAAGCGUGAAGCAGAGAAGUGAUGUAUUUUACCUUCAACCUGAGCGUUCUUGUGUACCUAAUAGCCCUAUGUGGUACUCCACGUUGCCAAUAGACCCUGGGACCUUGGACAUCAUGUUAACACGUAUUCUUAUGGUGAGGGAGGUACAUGAAGAACUUGCCAAAGUCAAAUCAGAGGACUCUGAUAUUGAGUUGUCGGACUAAGUGAAGUGGGGUAUUUUCCUUUCAAUACACACUGCAAGCAUCAAACUGUGAACGCAUCCAGCCUUUGGAAAAUGUUGUGUAUCAAGUAAGCCAAGUCAAUAUCACUAAAGAGGCAUAUUUUGAACCACAAUGGGUGUGCAAACUGGAAUCGGAAGGAAGAAAAUUACGUAAGCUGCAAGAAAGGACAGCAUCUUAUGGCAGUGAUAAAUCAUCUAAACAAACUUAAGAUAAACUAACCUGUUCAAGCGGUGCAUAAAUUCUUUAUUUGUUUGGGAUCUAAAACAAAAAAUUGUGAAAUAUUUUUAAGGAAAACUGUUGUGUAACUUCUACCAUAGUAAGAAUGAGCACAGAGAGCUAGACUGUGGCACACGUGACUUCCCAGCCUGAUGGCAGGCCAUCCAUUACUGCGGAAAAAAACCCUCUGGAGACCCGUGAGCUUUUUCCCACAUGGACGAGAGACAAAGUACAGUGAUGUUCUGACAAACAGAUGCCUUCUGUUACACACACACACACACACACACAUACAUACACAUGCGCACACACUUUUUUAAAAAACCUUUUUUUUAAAGGCCAGAAACCAGUGGUACUAUCCUAUAGGACAGCUACCUAGACUGCUGUUGAAAAGUUACAUAAUGCUGGAGUCUAGCUCUCAGUCCAUACUAAUAACUAUGGCUCUGAUGGAGCUCUGAUACGAGUGAAGUGCUGUAAAU